CUUGUUGACUCGACAGUGUCGCAGCAACUAGAAUACAACACGGGAACAGCCCAAGGCUUGUAAAAACAGCGCUCUCUGCUUAUACGCACAACAUACGGUCGUAUUCUAUAAAAGUCGACACGCGCUUAUUUUUGUACCUUUUUAAUUUUGCAAGACGGAAACGACGGCCAACGCACAGAUGACGUCGAACUCGAGCGACACGCCUCCGCCGCCGACGCCGCCGGCGGCCCCCGGGUCCGACGUCGACGAUCUCGCCGACGAUGCCGGCGACGGCACGACGCACGUCGAGAUCCAGGUGGCGCUCAACUUCAUCAUCUCGUACCUGUUUAACAAGUUGCCACGGCGACGCGUCACCAUCUUCGGCGAGGAGCUGCUGAAGGGCAUCAAGCGCAAGUUCGACGGGCACUGGUACCCGGACCGGCCGUCGAAGGGCAGCGGCUAUCGCUGUGUGCGUGUCGGCCAGAAGGAGCUGGACCCGGUCAUCCUGAAGGCAGCGGCGGCGAGCGGACUCAGCGAGGAGGAGAUCAAGACGAACCUGCCGCCGGAGAUGUGCAUCUGGACGGACCCGCGCGAGGUCUCCUACCGCAUCGGCGAGAAGGGCGUCGUCAAGGUCAUGUACAGCGAGCCGGAGCCGGAGCACGUGCCGCUGCCGCCGGUGAUGGUCGCCGCGACGACGAGCGUCUGCUUCAACCCGGAAGCGCAGACAUUCAAGCCGAUCGAUCACUCGGACGCGUUUGCGACGGGAUUCUACGGCGGUGGCGGUGGCAGCAGGGACGCGUCGCCGCAGAACGUCUACCCGCCGAGCAGCCCCAGUGGUGCCCACUUCAUUCCGCGGUCGGCGCCGCAGAUGACUCAGUUCACCGCCGCGCAGUUCGCUCAGACCAAGUUCGGCUCGACGAAGAUCAAGUCGGCCGCGCCGCGCAAGAGCAUGCAGCAGCAGCAGCAGCCGCCGCUGCCGCUGCCGCCGCAGCAGACGCGCACGUCGCCGACCGACUUUGUCAGCUUCACCUACAAGCAGCAGCAGCAGCAGCAGCAGACGGCGCAGCAGCAACAGCAGCAGGUGCGCGGGUUCGGCUUACCCCCGCAGCAGCAGCAGCAGCAGCAGCCAUUCAUGAAUGGCCUGUCUCAGUUGGGCGGCAUGCACGGCCUCGCGGGCCUCGGAGGUCUCACGGGACUCGGAGCUCUCAACGCGUUCAAUGGUCUCGGCACGCUCAACUCGCCGAUGGGUGCGCCACCGCAGCAUCCGCGCUCGAUGUCGCCUAUUGGCGCGCGCUUGGACAGUGCUAGCUCGAUGCAAUUCCAGCUUCAGCAGCAGCAGCAGCAGCAACAGCAGCAACAGCAGCAACAGCAGCAGCAACUACAGCUCGACAAGUUCCUCAUGAGCGAUGCCUGGUCGACGCAUCAGCAACUACACCAGCAGCAGCAGCAACAGCAGCAACAGCAGCAACAGCAGCAGCAACUACAGCUCGACAAGUUCCUCAUGAGCGAUGCCUGGUCGACGCAUCAGCAACUACACCAGCAGCAGCA